AUGGCUGUCCUGUCCCUUCCUGGUUUCACUACCUUAAAGACCAUCAUAGAAUGGUGCGUAUCGCAAUGCACAUGGAGAAACGCCGUUUUCAUAUACGUCUUGUUCAAUCUCAAGUCUGCACCGUUUUCAUGGCAUGUCCGCCUCUUCUUCCAUCUCUUCCGCCGUAUUCGCUGGCAACCGCAUGUCUACCCCGACCCCAAACUCCGAUCCGAUUCCAAGACAUGCCUGGAGCCGCAUCUCCACCCCAUAUUCAUGCCAGCCGGUUUAACUAGCCGCGCUCCACUUUGGGAGACAGACUAUAACUGCCACAAAUCGAACAGCACCUACUUUUCUGACCUUGACAUCGCCCGUACUGUUCUAGUAACGAAUCUCUACACACCCGGUUUUGGGAUCCUCCGAAAGGAGAUGGAUACGGAGGUUGACGAGGACGGGAAACCGAAGUACCCCCGUGGUAGACUGGCAGUGAUGCUGGGUAGCGUGCACUGCACCUUUAAAAAGGAAAUCAAGCCUUAUGAACGCUAUGAGAUGCAGAGCAAAGUUGCCGGAUGGGACGAGAAGUGGAUGUACGUUUUGACAUUCUUCCUUCGACCGGAGAAACGUAAGGGUGAGGGAAAGACGCUUCUUGCCGUGGGAGUGAGUAAAUACGUGACGAAAAAAGGUCGCUUGACUAUUCGCCCUGAGAAGGUCCUGAGAGCAAGUGGAUUGCUACCUCCACGCCCCGAUGGGGAAGUUUCAGCAACGGUGUCGUUGGAAACACCGGCUAGUGGAGAAGCAGUUAAUGUAGAAGAUGGGUUGGAGGAGUCUGCUCUCCGGGAGGUGUUGACACUCGGUGAAAGCACUAAUUUGGAUCUGGCGGUGUUGGAGAAUGAUAAGAAGGCCCGCUCCUCGUGGGACGGUUCGAUGUGGACCUGGGAGAAAAUCGAGCAGGAGAGGCUGCGGGGGCUGGAGAUCGUGCAGGGCUUUAUCAAUAUGGACGCGAAGUUGUAUGAAGAGGCAGCGUCGGUUUUAUAA